CCGCGUGUGCGCAGUGAAAAAGCACUCGAGCAAAGACGUUCGGAAUUCGAGUGCUAGCCGCGAGGUUCGUUCUGAAAAGCACGUUUGGCAAACUUCCGUUCCAGGUAACCAACCGCACGUAAUCAUAAUUUUAGAAUGACUAUAAGAUGCUGGUCAAGUGUCUCCCGUUGAUCUUCUUUUCCUGCGUUCUGGCGUUUCCCAAAAGGGUUCACAUAGGAGGACUGUUCGACAAUGAGGAAGGAAUUCAGCGCACCUUCGAAAUGUCGGUGAAAACCGUGAACAAAGAGCGACACGAGAACGAGGAAUUCGCGAACGUGUUUCUCAUCGCAGAGUCGAAGGAAGUUGGAACAGACUCCUUUGAAGUGUCGCAAACAGUAUGCGAAUUGUUGGACACGAAAGUGGCCGCGAUAUUUGGGCCCCAGAAUAAAUUCACCUCGGAACACGUGCAAAGCAUAUGCGACACCGUGGAAAUGCCACAUAUUUAUGGUAGAUGGGAGGCGUCGCAAGCUCGUGGAAAAGGGAUAAAUCUCUUCCCCCAUGCGGAGACACUGUCGAUAGUUUUCGAUAAAAUGAUAACCGAUUUCGAAUGGAAAACUUUUGCGAUAUUAUACGAAAGUGCAGACAGUUUAAUUCGUAUUCAUCGUUUGCUGGAACGUUGGGACGCGAAAAGCCAUGCGAUCUUUUUGUACCAUUUGGGUCCUGGUCCGAGUUACAGAAAAGUAAUACGAGGGAUUAAGGACGAAGAAAUCGAGAACAUCAUUAUUGAUUGUUCGAUUAAUCGUCUCGCUGAGGUGCUGAAGCAAGCGCAGCAAGUUGGUGUCCUGUCGGAAAAAAACAAGAUUAUAGUGACUUCGCUGGAUCUCCAGACACUGGACUUGGAACCCUAUCAAUUUUCAGGGGUGAAUUUCACAGGUGUUCGAUUGAUCGAUCCAGAAAAUCCAGUAGUAACAAAUGCAGUAGAAAUGCAUAGAAACGAAUGGGGUUUUGACGACCCCUCUCAACUCCGAGUAGAACCUGCGCUCAUGUACGAUGCUGUGCAACUUUUCGCCAGAGCUUUCAAACGUUUGAAAGAUGCUGUUAAAGGGGAUGUUAAACAAUUACCUUGCAAUGGUACUAUAAGUUGGGAACACGGUUAUAGUUUGAGCAAUUUUAUUCGUUUGAGCGAAAUGGAAGGUUUGACCGGUUUGAUCAAGUUCGAUACAGCUGGAUUUCGUAGCGAUUUCCGUUUAGAUAUCGUUCAUGUAACGGAAGAGGGGUUGACGAAAAUUGGAUUAUGGAACAGCACCAACACCAUCCAAUGGUUGCCGAAAGUUCAUCCCCCGAAUUCAGAUAUUGAGUUCAGUCUUCAGAACAAAACGUUCAUCGUACUGAUUGCUAUCAGUCAUCCCUAUGGUAUGUUAAAGCGAUCGGCGGACACAAUGGUCGGAAAUGAUCGAUACGAGGGAUUCGGUAUCGAUAUUAUUCAGGAGCUCAGUAAAAUGCUCGGUUUCAAUUAUACAUUCGAAGUGCAAGGUGAUAACGUCUAUGGAUCGUAUUCGAAGCAGAAAAAGAAGUGGACGGGAAUGCUUGGAAAAAUAAUUGCUGGUGAAGCUGAUCUAGCGAUCACUGACUUAACUAUCACGUCUGAAAGAGAAGCAGCAGUAGAUUUCACGAUGCCAUUUAUGAAUUUAGGUAUAAGUAUUCUGUAUAGAAAGCCAAGGAAAACACCACCCAGUCUGUUCUCCUUCUUAUCGCCAUUCUCUGCUGGUGUAUGGUGGUAUUUAAUCGGAGCUUACAUAUUAGUGUCCGUGGCAUUAUUCGUGGUUGGUAGACUAUGCCCAGCAGAAUGGAAUAAUCCAUAUCCUUGCAUCGAGGAACCUGAGGAACUGGAGAACCAAUUCACCUUUAAAAACUCUCUAUGGUUCACCAUCGGUAGUAUUAUGCAGCAAGGUUCCGAAAUUGCACCCAUAGGACUUUCAACACGAAUGAUGGCUUCUUCAUGGUGGUUCUUCUGUCUGAUCAUGGUUUCAUCUUAUACAGCAAACUUGGCGGCGUUUUUAACCGUCGAAACCUUAGUAUCACCUUUCUCCAAUGUUGAGGAAUUAGCUAAGAAGAAGACCAUCAAAUACGGUGCCAAAACUGGAGGAUCCACCCUGACGUUCUUCAAAAAUUCUGCCCAUUCCAAGGAUUCCAACUACUCGACGUACAAGGAGAUGUACGAUUACAUGAAGGAGAACGAAGAUGAGGUCCUCACUCAGGACAACGAUUCGGGCUUGAAGAAGGUCCUCAUGGAAGACUAUGCGUUCCUGAUGGAGUCCAGCUCGAUAGAAUACAUCACCGAAAGAUAUUGCAACGUGACACAAAUUGGAGGACUUCUGGAUGCAAAGGGUUAUGGGAUUGCAAUGAAAAAAGAUUCACCAUAUCGUCAUGCACUGAACACUGCCGUAUUAAAAUUGCAACAGAGUGGUUUGAUUACAGAAUUAAAGACUAAAUGGUGGACGCAGAAACGCGGGGGUGGAAAAUGUCGAGAAGAUAGCGGUCAAAGUAUGGCAGAGGAGCUGGAUCUUGACAACGUGGGUGGUGUUUUUCUGGUAUUAACUGUUGGUGUUGCUGUCUCCUUUUUCUAUACCAUAUUCGAACUUCUGUGGGAGAUUGGUUGCACAUCUGUACGCGAAAAUAUUUCCUUCAAAGAAGAACUCAUGGCUGAAGUUAAAUUCAUCGUAAAAUGUGGUAGUACGUCAAAACCAGUAAGAAGGAGAAAAGGUUCUUCCAACAGAAGUGGAGAAGAUAGUACUCGAGGUUGCACUCCUCCUUAUGGUUUUAUCCCAGCGAUUAGAAUACCCAAUUCUGAGGAUAAAUAAAUUUAUCUAUAAUGAAAUAUUUUAUUAAAAUAUAAAUACAUGUAAAUAAAUACAAUUUGAUUAAAUUUAUAAAUGUAAUAUCUAA